AUGGACGACGCAGACGGAUCAACGACGCCUCCGCUGCCACCAUCAGAAUCUUCUGAGGCAUAUUCACCACAAAAGCCUUCACAGUCACCACCUUUUAGUGCCCAGCUGGACCGUCAGCAGGAGGAGCAAGAGCCUGGCUCCGAACAGGGUGAGAAUGGGGGCAAAGACGCCAGGAAGGACGCCUCCCCCCACCACAGCCGACUGCCACGACCAGCCAAUUCCAGAACCCCGGAGCCGCGCAUCGUCACCCUCUCAAACCCGCACACACACAGCAAGCACCGUUCUCAGGCGAAUGGCCACGGCCAUCUGGCCGGGCUCACGCAUGCUGCCCACCUAGCUCCUGAGCGGUCUGCUACUCCAGACACUCCGGGAACUGUCGGGAGCAUUGCGUCUUUCGACUGGGAGGAUCUCGAGGCACGGUUCGAAGCCGCCUUAGCCGAUGCAAAUCAGCAUGAACAAGCUUUGAUGGCGGAGUUCGAGGCCCUCGUCAGAUAUUUCAAUGUUUGGGCCUCCGCUGCGUCCGCUCAUGACAAUGAGCGCGCAACGAAACGGUUGCAAACACGGACUCAAUAUGUCCAACUCAGAGAAGCAGACCUCGAGAAGAAGAAGAUGUACUACCAGCAAGUAAUGCAAGCCUUCCAGAGCGCCAUGCACCUCCUCAGUCAGUCUUGA